AUGAUAUUUGAGAGUGUAACUCAAUUUAGAAAGGCUGUUGUUGAUUAUGCUGUUCAACAUAAGGUUCAGUUAAGGCUUAAGCCCAAUGAACCUCAUAGAGUUAGGGUAAAAUGUGAAGGGAAGUGUAAAUGGGAAAUCUUUGCAAGCUUGGAUAAAGAUUCUAGAAAUUUUUUUGUGAAGAAAUACUAUCCUGCUCAUAGAUGUAUUUCAAAGAAUAAGAACAGGUUGUGCACAGCCAAAUAUGUGGAAAUGAGGAUGAGGGAUAGAAUAAUAUCUCAACCUUACAUGAGAGUUCAUAAGCUUCAAGAGACACUAAAAAAAGAAUGGGGCUUAAAAGUGGGAAGAUCAAUAUGUUUCAGGGCAAAAAUGAAUGUUAUUGCCAAGUUCUUGGGUGAUUGGAAGCUUGAGUUUUUAAGGUUGUUAGACUAUGCUGACAUGAUUAAGAGUACAAAUCCUGGGAGUUCUUGUUGGGUUAGAACUGAUAAUGAAACAGUCCAUGGCUUACACUUGUUCAAAUAUUUCUAUGUUUGCUUUGCUGCAUUGAAAAAUGGAUGGCUGGAAGGUUGUAGGAAGAUUAUAGGAUUGGAUGGAUGCUUUCUGAAGGGUGCUUGUAGAAGAGAAUUAUUAGUGGCUGUUGGAAAAAAUGGAAACAAUCAAAUGUAUCCAAUAGCUUGGGCAGUGGUUGAUCAAGAAACUAAACACUCUUGGAGUUGGUUCUUAAGCUAUCUCAUUGAAGACUUGCAACUUGGUGAUGGAAGUGGCAUAACAGUCAUGUCUGACAUGCAAAAGGGUCUUGAGGUAGCAGUUGAAGUCUUACUUCCUAAUGCUGAAAGAAGAAUGUGUUCAAGACAUAUUUGGGCAAAUUGGCAAAAAAGAUGGAGAGGUGAGGAAAGGAGAAAAGCAUUUUGGAGGUGUGCCAAAGCUAGCUUUGAGGUUAAAUUGAGAGAUGAAUUUGAAUAUUUGGGAAAAUUGGGUGAUAGAAUAUGUGAGGCAUUGCUUGGAUAUAACAAAGAAUAUUGGUGUAGAGCUUUAUUUAGUGAAAGAUCAAAGUGUGAUGUGGUGGAAAAUAAUGUGUGA